UCCCUCUUCAGUCUCUCGCCCCGAGCCGUGAGUUUUCCGCAUAAAAUACAUUAACGAGUCCUUUCAUUUGCUUGUUCCUUCAGGGUCGCGUGUUAGUUUUGUUGGAGAGGGGUGCAGGCUCUCUGUUACUGGGCGAGAGAGCUGGCAGAUGUCCCAAGUGAGAGAACCUCUUCCUCCGGGGCCUGGAGGGCCAGAGCAAGCUCCGACUGAAAACAGCUCUUUGAUCUCUCUCCCUCGAGGAAAAGCUGACCAAGAGACUCCUGUGGCAGGAGAUAAAGACAUAAACCAGCCUUCCAGUAAUCAAAGUAUACAAGCAGAGAUACAAGAGCAGUCCAUCUGGGGAAAUUGCACUGAUGGUGACCUCAUCAGAAAGUGGAGAAUCAGAAUUUUAGCUCAGUUGUGGAACGAAAGAAAAAGGUUUACAGCACAACCUCAACGUUUGCCUCAGCCAAAUCCUUCAGCACUGGAAAGAAGUGAGGAAGAAAGUGGCAAAAUCCAAAAUGGCCAUGUGGGUCUGAGUAAUGGAAGUGGAAUUCACAGCGGGGUCAAGCAUAUGCCUGCAGACAACAGAAAGCUUUCGUCUCCUGUUUCAGAAAAAAUGCACAGAAAAAUUCAGUCCACCUUGUCUGUCAACAGCAACAGCAGCAAGAAGAGUAAAAUAAGCUCUGUGUUUUCUCAAAAGCCAGGUACUUCACCAGAAGAUUGCUGUGUUCACUGUAUCCUAGCUUGCUUGUUCUGUGAAUUUCUCACCCUCUGUAACAUUGUUCUGGGACAAGCAUCCUGUGGCAUCUGCACGUCGGAAGCCUGCUGCUGCUGCUGCGGGGAUGAGAUGGGGGAUGACUGUAACUGCCCGUGCGAUAUGGACUGUGGCAUAAUGGACGCGUGUUGUGAAUCCUCAGAUUGCUUGGAGAUCUGCAUGGAAUGCUGUGGGAUCUGCUUCCCUUCGUGAAAUAUUUAACCCUUUCUAUUUUAUUCUCUAUAAAACUGGAGAGCUUUUCUUUAAAUACAUUUGAAGAAAGACAAGGUAAGAUUUUCACACUUGCACUGUUAAUUCCCUAUAUAUAAAUAUUUUUUUAAAAUAGUAAUCCUCAAAUCUGUACUCUAACACAAACUGUAUAGUUUUGUAUGUGAAACUAGAGCUACAUUCCAGCUUCCUUUUGGCUUUGCAAAUGGAAGAGUUUAUUGAAAGUGAAUUAUAGGCCUGAUACUGCAGGCCAUAUGAAGGCAAAAUUGCCAUUUGAAUUGAGUGAUAGGUUUUGGUCAGAGAACAGACUGCAAGGCAAAGCCUUAAGUAUUUGCCUUUACCUACUUUAAUGUUUAAACACUCAAAUGCUUCCAUGCAUAACAUGCCUUUACAGGCAUACUGAAAAUCAAAAUAUUUUUAUUUCUCUCUCUUUGGGUUGAAAGCAACUUUGCUCUGUUGUUUUAAACUUAAUUUACAAGCCAGCAUCAGAAAUCUACCCUUGGUUUUGCUACAGUGAUCAUGUUGGCAAUAUGUCUUUUGUUUUGAAUAUCUCAUUGAUUAGAGAGAAAUUCCAUUGCUGAGCUUAUCUGACAAUCUGCAGUCAAAUAUAAGUUUUGCCCUGGACUAGAAGAGUACCAGGAUCUCUUUGUCAUGAAUGAAGAAAGAAUAGAGACCUUAUAAUUUUAGUUCAGUACAAUUAUUACUUGAAAUGCUUUGUCUUAGAAAGAGACUUUGGAAAUCUGUGUAGACAUGAAAUAUAUCC